AUGGGCAAGCAGUACAGGGUGUACCUCGCUGGCGAGUCGGUCUUUGUCUGUCGGCAGUGCGGGAAUCACCUGGCGGUGGGUGAGAGUGUCAUAUCCAAGCAAUUCCACGGUCAACACGGCCGAGCCCUCCUCGUCGACCACGCAGUCAAUGUCUACUGUGGCAAAGCGGACGAGCGCGAGAUGCGCACAGGGAAACAUACCGUUCGGGACGUAUCGUGCAAGGUUUGCCAUACCGUCCUCGGGUGGAAGUAUGACCUUGCAUAUGAGUUUGAACAAAAGUACAAGGAGAACAAGUACAUCCUCGAGCGGGAGAUGAUCACUGAGCGUCCGGAAGGGAGGAGGGACGCCAAACCCCGGAUCGAAGAGGUCGCUAUGCUCUCGAGGCGGUCACCCGCCUAA